AUGGGUUACUGGAAGUACUACCUCAACAGCAUCCUGGCAGACAGGAAUGUUGACCACGUGGCCACUGCGGGCCUCUCUGACAAGUGUGUGUGGGUGGCCAAGCCAGGAGGGCUUUUCACAGCCAUCCUGUCUCAAGAAGUGGCCUUGAUUGCGGGCCAGGAUUGGAAAACGUUCCUGCUAACGGGAAUCACUGUAGCUGGCAAAAAGUGCAGUGUGAUUCGUGACAACCUGCUGGUGGGUGAAGAAAACACGAUGGAUGUCAGAAGCAAAGGCAGUGACGGCAGAGCUAUCUCCGAAGGCAAGACCCCCAAAGCUCUGAUCUUCCUCAUGGGCAAGAAGGGAGUCCACAGAGGAGCCCUCAACCAAAAGGUCCACAAUAUGAUUGUGGGCAUGAAAGCAUGA